CCGGAGCUCACUGUCUCCAAGAUGGCGGCCGUGUCAGUUUGGGGCAUCUCCGCGGUCCGGCCCGGGGCCCCGGGAUCCCGGCUCUCUUUCCCCCCGUCCCCGUCUUCUCCAGACCGCUUAGGAGCAGUUGGGCGGUCACUGCCCUCUCCAGUCUGUGGAUGUCAUUGUCCUGGUUUGGGUUAGGAGACGUCCUCAGCCUGGAACUCUGGACAUUGGAAUGAAAUGGGACUGUUUUACAAUUCUUUAAGCACUCUCACAGCAGACUGUUCUCAGUGUUGUUCCAGUUUGCAAAGUUCAAUCAGGGUUCUUUCUGCUAAUCCAGAUACUCGUUGAAGUGCUGAAUAGUUUCUUGGGGAAAGAUGUAAAGGAAGAGUUGAAAUUCAUAGACUGGCAUAGGAUGCACAUUUCUCUGCGCUGAAGCCGGGAAUGCAGCGUGUUGAAUUCUACAACUUUGCGAAGAGUCCCGCCGGUGGUGCUGUUGAGAAGUUUAUUGGGAAGCAUGAAGGUGUUUCAGAUGACAGGCUGUGUUGGUUUCUGAAGGAAAAGGAAAGAGGCAUUCCGCUGGCGUGAACGGAGGAAGGACCCAGGCCAGAAAACUUGUAUGCUAUGGUUAGCUGGUUCCCAGCCUCCGAGAGUCGUGUUUCCCAUGGCCUAGGACUCACUCAGCAUCAGGAUAAGGGAUAGCGACUCUAUGGAUGUACAGAACCCUUCACCAUGGUAAAGCUCGCUAACCCGCUGUACACGGAGUGGAUUCUGGAGGCCAUCAAGAAAGUGAAGAAGCAGAAACAGCGUCCGUCGGAGGAAAGGAUAUGCAACGCGGUAUCGUCAUCUCACGGCUUGGAUCGGAAGACCGUCUUAGAGCAGUUGGAGCUCAGUGUUAAAGAUGGAACGAUUUUAAAAGUCUCCAAUAAAGGCCUCAAUUCCUACAAAGAUCCUGAUAAUCCUGGGCGAAUAGCACUUCCUAAACCUCGGAACCAUGGAAAGUUGGAUAGCAAGCAGAAUGUGGAUUGGAAUAAACUGAUCAAAAGGGCAUUUGAGGGCUUGGCAGAGUCUGGUGGCUCCACUUUGAAAAGUAUUGAACGUUUCCUGAAAGGGCAGAAGGAUGUGUCUGCGUUAUUUGGAGGCGGCGCUGCCUCUGGCUUUCACCAGCAGUUACGAUUGGCCAUCAAGCGUGCCGUUGGCCACGGCAGACUCCUUAAAGAUGGACCUCUGUAUCGGCUCAAUGCUAAAGCGAGCAGCCCGGAGGGGAAGGAGAUGUGUGAGUCUCUUUCCUGCUUACCUCCGGUGUCGCUCCUUCCACACGAAAAGGACAAGCCGGUUGCUGAGCCAAUCCCCAUCUGUAGUUUCUGUCUUGGUACAAAAGAACAAAACCGAGAAAAGAAGCCGGAGGAGCUCAUCUCCUGCGCCGACUGUGGCAACAGCGGUCAUCCAUCCUGUUUAAAGUUUUCCCCCGAGUUAACAGUGAGGGUUAAGGCCUUACGGUGGCAGUGCAUCGAGUGUAAAACAUGCAGCUCCUGUCGAGAUCAAGGCAAAAAUGCAGAUAACAUGCUCUUUUGUGACUCGUGUGACCGAGGCUUUCACAUGGAGUGCUGUGAUCCACCACUGACACGAAUGCCCAAAGGCAUGUGGAUAUGUCAGAUAUGCCGACCUAGGAAAAAAGGACGAAAACUUCUACAAAAGAAGGCAGCACAGAUAAAACGGCGCUAUGCUAAUCCCAUAGGACGUCCAAAAAACAGGUUAAAGAAACAAAACACGGUGUCAAAAGGUCCCUUCAGCAAAGUCCGCACUGGCCCUGGGAGGGGACGGAAACGUAAGCUCACUCUCUCCAGCCAGUCCGCGUCAUCCUCAGAGGAAGGCCAUUUAGAGCGAAUAGAUGGCUUGGACUUCUGCAGAGAGAGCAGUGCCCCCUUGAAGUUCAACAAGAAAACCAAAGGGCUCAUCGAUGGCCUUACCAAGUUCUUCACCCCUUCCCCCGAUGGCCGGAAACCCCGGGGGGAGGUGGUUGACUACUCCGAGCAAUACAGAAUCAGGAAAAAGGGCAACAGGAAGUCGAGCACUUCCGACUGGCCCACAGACAAUCAGGACGGCUGGGACGGCAAGCCGGAAAGUGAGGAGCGACUCUUCGGGAGCCAGGAAGUCAUGACGGAGAAGGACAUGGAGCUGUUCCGUGACAUCCAGGAGCAAGCACUGCAGAAAGUUGGAGUGACUGGCCCCCCUGAUCCACAAGUCCGCUGUCCCUCUGUCAUUGAAUUUGGGAAGUAUGAGAUCCACACCUGGUACUCCUCCCCAUAUCCUCAAGAAUACUCAAGGCUUCCUAAGUUGUAUCUCUGUGAAUUCUGUCUGAAAUACAUGAAGAGUAGAGCCAUUCUGCAGCAGCACAUGAAGAAGUGUGGCUGGUUCCAUCCGCCGGCCAACGAGAUCUACCGCAAGAACAACAUCUCUGUCUUCGAGGUCGACGGGAACGUGAGCACCAUUUAUUGUCAAAACCUGUGUCUCCUGGCAAAGUUGUUUCUUGACCACAAAACACUCUAUUAUGACGUGGAGCCAUUUCUUUUCUAUGUGCUAACGCAGAAUGAUGUCAAGGGCUGCCACCUUGUUGGCUACUUUUCUAAAGAAAAGCACUGCCAACAGAAAUACAACGUUUCCUGCAUAAUGAUUCUUCCGCAGUACCAGCGUAAGGGCUAUGGCAGGUUUCUCAUCGACUUCAGUUAUUUAUUAUCAAAGCGGGAAGGCCAAGCAGGGUCUCCAGAGAAGCCGCUGUCCGAUCUAGGCCGCCUUUCCUACAUGGCCUAUUGGAAAAGCGUGAUACUGGAGUGCCUCUACCACCAGAACGACAAGCAGAUCAGCAUUAAGAAGCUGAGCAAGUUGACUGGGAUCUGCCCGCAGGACAUCACGUCCACACUCCAUCACCUGCGAAUGCUGGACUUCCGCAGCGACCAAUUUGUGAUUAUCCGCCGGGAAAAACUUAUCCAGGAUCACAUGGCCAAGCUUCAGCUGAAUGUGCGACCUGUGGAUGUAGACCCAGAGUGUCUGCGCUGGACUCCCGUCAUCGUCUCCAACUCUGUUGUCUCAGAAGAGGAGGAAGAGGAGGCUGAGGAAGGAGAGAACGAAGAGGCACAGGGUCAUGAAGCAGAAUUAGAGACCAGUGUGGGACAGCCUGCGUCCCGGGAGAGCAGAGAGCAGGAUUCCUACUCUUCAGUGGAAAGCGACAAGAAGCCAGAAGUGACUGCAGCCAACGCCCCCCGGGCGAGCAAGUCGGCGCCGCCCCGGGACAGCCUGCCGCCUCGCAGGGGCCGCUGGGGGCGCAAGGCCCGGAGAGCCCCAGAGCGCUUCGGGGACCCCGAGUCCACGCUGCUGCUGGAGGAGAGCCCAGCGCCACAGGAGCCCUAUGGAGAGUGUGGGGAAAAGCCAGAAGCCCCCCGCGAGCCCCGCACCGAGGCCGAGCCACCGCCGGCUCCCUGUCGGGAGCAGCCCCCCCAGGACAGGAAGCCUGAGGUCCCUAAGAGGAGACUGAGCGAGGGGGUGGAGCUGUGGCGGGCUCAGCUCCAGAGCAGCCCCGAGGCCCUCAAGUGCAGGCCGACCGAGGGGAGCGACAGGCUGCCUCGGCGCUACAGUGACGGCGACAGGGCCCUGCUCCGGAGCUUCAGCGAGAGCAGCGAAGAGGAGGAGCCCGAGAGCCCGCGCUCAGCCUCGCCGCCGGUCCUCACCAAGCCCACGCUGAAGCGGAAGAAGCCGAUCCUGCACCGCAGAAGGAGGGUCAGGAAGCGCAAGCACCACCACAGCAGCGUCGUGACGGAGACCAUCUCCGAGACCACGGAGGUGCUGGACGAGCCCUUCGAGGACUCGGACUCGGAGCGGCCCAUGCCGAGGUUAGAGCCCACGUUCGAGAUCGACGACGAGGAGGAGGAGGAGGAGGAGGAGAACGAGCUCUUCCACAGAGGCUGCUUCCACCGUCUGUCCUCACAGGACGUCCUCAGGGGCCGGGCCUCUGCCAAGAGGAAGUCUAAAGACGAAGACGACGACGAGGAGUCAGACGAUGCUGAAGACACUCCUAUCCUGAAGCCAGUAUCUCUCUUGCGAAAAUGUGACGUGAAGAGUUCUCCCCUUGAGCCAGACACGUCCACGCCCAUGAAAAAGAAAAAGGGGUGGCCCAAAGGCAAGAGCCGCAAACCGGUCCACUGGAAGAAGAGGCCUGGUCGGAAGCCAGGAUUUAAGCUCAACAGGGAACUCAUGCCCAUCUCUGUCCAGGAGUGCGUCGUGGAGCCCAUGGUUCCCAUGCCGAAACCCGGACGCAAGCCCAAAAUUCAAGAGCACGAAGAAGCCAUGGAGCCCCAGGAAGACUUGCCCUCCUCUGAAGAGAGGAAGGAGGAGGAGGAGGCACGAGCCGAAGGGGAGGAGGGCGGCGAGGCAGAAGAGGAGGACACCACCGGCAGUGAGGUGAGAGUGGCUUCCCCGGCCAACAGCAGCAACAGCCCCGGGGCGGCCGCCCAGGAGCGCGAGGCGGAGGAGGAGGAGAAGCCGCGCGCUGCCGCCGAGGAGCAGAGGCAGUCGGAGGAAGAGCAGCCGGAGCCCGAGGAGCAGGAGCCCGAGGACGAGGAGGACGUGGCCGCCGAGGCCAGCCGGCACGAAGACCACGACGCGGACGACGAGGAUGACGGGCCGCUGGAGCCGGCGCAGGCGCAGGAGCCGGAGCAGCGGGCCCUGCGGGAGUGCGGCGAGCAGGGGCCUGGCGGCCCGCCGUCUUUUUUAGACCCGGACGCGCCCAGCUGCGGCGAGCACCCGAAGGAGAAGGACGACACGGAGCCGGACUCUGAGGAGGAGCAGCCUUCCCAUGAGACGUCCGUGUUGUCCGAGCGUGGCCACGAGGACGCCGCCCCGCGCAAGGAAGAGCUGGUAGAGCUGAAGGCGGAGCAGGAGAUGGCGCACAGCGAGCUGGACCUGGAGACCGUGCAGGCCGUGCAGUCCUUGACCCAGGAAGAGAGCAGCGAGCACGAGGGGGCCUACCCCGACUGCGAGGAGACGCUGGCGGCCUGCCAGACCCUGCAGAGCUACACGCAGGCCGAGGAGGACCCGCCCAUGGCCAUGGUGGAGGACUGCCACGCCUCGGAGCACAACAGCCCCAUCUCCUCCGUGCCAUCCCAUCCCAGCCAGUCGGUCCGCUCGGUCAGCAGCCCCAGUGUGCCUGCCCUGGAGGGCGGCUACACCCAGAUCAGCCCGGAGCAAGGAUCCCUGUCCGCGCCUUCUAUGCAGAACAUGGAGACCAGCCCCAUGAUGGAUGUGCCUUCCGUAUCAGACCACUCUCAGCAGGUGGUGGACAGCGGCUUCAGCGACCUGGGCAGCAUCGAGAGCACCACGGAGAACUACGAGAACCCCAGCAGCUACGACUCCACCCUGGGUGGCAGCAUCUGCGGCGCCAGCUCGUCCCAGAGCAGCUGCUCCUAUGGCGGCCUGUCGUCGUCCAGCGGCCUCACCCAGAACAGCUGCGUCGUCACCCAGCAGAUGGCCGGCAUGGGCAGCAGCUGCAGCCUGCUGCAGCAGGGCAGUGUGCCGCCUGCUGCCAACUGCAGCAUCAAGUCGCCUCAGACCUGCGUGCUGGAGAGGCCGCCCAGCAACCAGCAGCAGCCGCCCCCGCCGCCGCAGCCCCCCCAGCCGCAGCCACCGCCCCCGGCCCCGCAGCCGCCGCCCCCGCCCCAGCAGCCGCCCCCGCAGCCCCAGCCGCCCCCACCGCCGCCGCCGCAGCCGCAGCCCCCCCAGCCGCAGGCCCCGCAGCCGCAGGCCCCGCCCCCGCCGCAGCAGCAGGCGCCCCUGUCGCAGUGUAGCAUGAACAACAGCUUCACGCCAGCUCCCAUGAUCAUGGAGAUCCCGGAAUCCAGCGGCACCGGGAACAUAAGCAUCUACGAGAGGAUUCCAGGGGACUUCGGAGCCGGCAGCUACUCCCAGCCGUCAGCCACCUUCAGUCUGGCCAAGCUGCAGCAGCUCACGAACACCAUUAUGGACCCCCACGCCCUGCCUUACAGCCAUUCUCCUGCUGUGACCUCCUAUGCAACCAGUGUUUCUCUGUCUAACACGGGACUGGCUCAGCUGGCUCCAUCUCACCCGUUGGCUGGGACCCCUCAAGCACAAGCCACGAUGACGCCGCCGCCCAACUUGGCAUCCACGACCAUGAACCUCACGUCCCCGCUGCUGCAGUGCAACAUGCCCGCCACCAACAUCGGCAUCCCGCACACUCAGCGGUUACAAGGGCAGAUGCCUGUCAAGGGGCACAUUUCCAUCCGCUCCAAGUCGGCGCCGCUGCCCUCGGCGCCCACUCACCAGCAGCAGCUGUAUGGCCGCAGCCCGCCGGCGGUGGCCAUGCAGGCCGGCCCUCGUGCGCUGGCUGUGCAGCGAGGCAUGAACAUGGGGGUCAACUUGAUGCCGACCCCCGCCUAUAACGUCAAUUCCAUGAACAUGAACACCCUGAACGCCAUGAACAGCUAUCGGAUGACGCAGCCCAUGAUGAACAGCAGUUACCAUAGUAACCCUGCCUACAUGAACCAGACAGCACAGUAUCCUAUGCAGAUGCAGAUGGGGAUGAUGGGGAGCCAGGCCUAUACCCAGCAGCCUAUGCAGCCAAACCCCCACGGGAACAUGAUGUACACUGGCCCCUCCCAUCACAGCUACAUGAACGCUGCUGGGGUGCCCAAGCAGUCACUCAACGGACCUUACAUGAGAAGGUGAGCAAGACGGACUCGCGGUCACAGACUUAAAUAUAUAUAAAUAAAGGAACCUUUUAUACUGACAAACCAGAGAAAAACGGACCUUUUUUCCAGUUAAAAUAUUGCUGUAGAUUUAGAGGGAUUUUUUUUUCCUUUGGUUUAUUUUGUUUUUUAGGAAACCUGAUCUCUCUUUUCGGGUUCGUUUUGUUCUGGGUUUUGGUUCUCUUCACAAUCUUGAACAUUUUACAGUAGAACUCAUCUAAAGAUGGAUCUGGGACAGGGGAAACAUGCACAAAACCUUUUUCAUAAUUAAAAAGAGCCUUACUUUCUUUACACACCACGCGGACGGAACUUGUGUAAACGUGAAUUAUCCUUAUUUUAUUUUAAAGCGUGCGUUUCCCUCGCGUGUGCAGCCCCCAGUGUUGGCAUUUUUAAAUGUUAUAUCGACAUCUCGAGGGCUGGCCGGGCCCUUGCCUCCCAGCCCCGUCUGUCCUUUCGGACUUCAUUCCAGCAGGAGGCACUUAGCGGGAGACUCGGACGGGGACGUGGAGCGCUACCCAAGCUCCUUCAACGUUAUUGUUAGUGUUAAUAUUAUUGUUAUUAUUAAUACAGUGAGGCAGGAAGACACUUCUCCUUUGAAAAUCCCCUCCGCUACACAAACACACACACACACACACUCACACUCACUUCCUCCAGCUCUUGAGACUUUUCCCCCAGGAAUGUUUCUUUAUAGGUGGACUUCAAUGGACAUGUUUUGCUUGAAUCAAGUGUAGUAUGAUUUAUCCCUCUUUGUUUUUUAAAUUCCCACUCAGCGCUCAGAUAACACAAAUGCCGGAAGCCUGCAGCAGCAGGGUCUGAGAGGCAGGCGCUCUGCAGGGCUAACCCCGCCUUGGGAGGACAGAGGUGGUCCGUGGGCAGUGAGAGAGAGGGCCUCGACCUCUUGGCUUCUCAGCACCAGGGUACCCGACCUCUUGUCUCAGGGUGUGCGCUGGCCCGCCCCCGCAGUGGCUCACUCCACUGGAACUCACAGCACAGCCCCCGCUGAGUCCCCUCUCCCGUUCUGUCACACACCGUGCGUCUCGGUGAUUGGAGAGCUACCUGACACACCUUGGACGAGAGAUGCCGCGGAACGUGUGCUGGGGAGGGAGCUCUGGGGGGAGUCUUGUGGCUGUUCAAAUGACACAUGCCCCGCGUUGUCGCUGGUCCUUGAGCUCCUGAGUGCUGCAGCCGCUGUCCUGAGAGCGGCCAGUGGCCCACCAGCGCCAGUGGGGCAGAUCUGGACGCCAGCACGUCAGCAGCUUCUCGCGUUGCUCCCAGUCUGUUCUCUUAUCCUGUGCAACCUGUUCGCCCGUUCUCCUCCUGUUACUUGCUCCAGGGAUAGGUAAAAAAAACAAAACAAAACAAAAAAAAAACAAAAAAAAUCCACAAAAACAAAAAAACCAAACAUAUAUAUACACAUAUAUAUGUUUAUACACUCCAUCAUUAGAAGAUGGAAACUAUUAUACCACUUGGUAUGUGCAGUCGAAUAUCCAAAAGGGGGAAGUGCUGCUUAAAGAAAUACCUGUAAGCAUCCCAUUCUCCCCUUUAUUUGUACACUUUCUAUAGAUACAUUUUUAAUGUGCUGAUGAGGCAUUACAUUUUUUCAGAUGCACAGGUUUGUUGGUUUUUUUAUACACUUUAAUUGACUUUCUCAAUGAAGUGUGCUAGGUAGAAAAAGGCAGAAUUCCACAUCUUAGCACUGUCCACUCAGCAUGUGCAGGGCUGCGUGUAGGACCCAGUCUGUCUGUGUCUACUCCUCCAGUUCUGGUCCUCUCUGGAAAGUGCCCCGGGCAUCCCCUCCCUCCUUCAGCUGACACUGCUCCCUGGGUGGGGGGCCGUGUCGGGAGGAGGGCUGUCAGGCAGGAGGAGCUGCGCGAUGAGGGCUGUGAAUUCAGUUUUCUCUUGGUUUGCGGUUGUGUUUCGUUUUGUUUCUUUAAAUAAAUAAAAAACAAUUCAAUCGGCAGCUCCCUUUUCCACAAGCCUCUUUGUGACUGUAGAACUAUUGUAGAAAAAAAAUGUUCUUUUCUAUAUUAUAAAAGAAAUUAUCCAACACAGUAAUAUUGGUACCUGUCAUUUUUUCACUUCUGUUUAAAAAAAAUGUAUUUUUAGCAAGAUAACUUGGGUAAUCUUCUAAAAAAGAAAUUUAAAAACUCACUCUUAGUGACUUUGAUGCCUUUUAAAAAUAAGAGCUUUUUCAUUUCAUUCCAUCUUUAAAGUUUUUUAUCUUUGUUGUAGAAUAUUAAAAACUAUUUUAAGAAAGAUAAAAAUUCUCUUUAAAGAGAUCUCUAGAGUGUGUGAAUAGAGAUGCCUCUAAAAGCCGCAUGUACAAAUGAAGCUAAGUCCACUCCUGUCUGUUUCUAUUUGCUUUUCCUGUUUUGUAACCUCUUUGUACUUGGUUCAUGGUGACUUGUAAGCUAGGGGAGGGAGCCCAGAUGCCUUUGUAUCUCUCCACGUCACGCGCUCCUGGGCGGUCGGCCUCCCUUCCUGUCCUUGUAUGUAAUAUCUUCCCGCGCCCCACCCCACCCCCUUUCUAGCAAGUACUUUCAAAAGAGCUCUGUACAUUUUAACAUAAAAAAAAUAAAUUAUGUUGAGCC